UCUUCGCCGUCUUCUGCAGGCGGGCGCUUCCUACCAGGCCACCAUGGUGACCCUUGGCCUGUCCCGCGUCGACGACGCCGUGGCCGCCAAACACCCGGGACUCGGGGAAUACGCUGCGUGCCAGUCAAACGCCUUCAUGAAGGGCGUGUUCACCUUUGUCACAGGAACCGGCAUGACCUUCGGCCUGCAGAUGUUCAUUCAGAGAAAGUUCCCGUACCCGAUGCAGUGGAGCGUGCUGAUGGCUGUGGUUGCAGGCUCUGUGGCAAGCUAUGGGGUGACAAGAGUGGAAUCGCAGAAAUGCAGCAACCUCUGGCUCUUCCUGGAGACAGGGCAACUUCCCAGAGACAGAGGCACAGGAGGAAGAAAGGAGACAAGGAAAGCAGGUCACCUACCAUUUCUGCUUACACACCACUGGCCAGAACUGAGCAUCUAUGGAGGAGAUCAGGACACAAACAUGCACAGAGAGACAACUCCCUGAGGGCCCAGGGAAAAGACAGUGUCUGUAAGCCAAGGAAUCAGGCCUCAGGGAAACCAGCCUUUGGCACCUGGAUCCUAGACUUCAGCCUCCGGGAC